AUGGGCUACUCCUGUGGUCCUUGCAGGCUACCUGGUGCCCACGGGCACCACGUUGAUGGCCCAAUAUAUGCCCUAGUGUCCACCACUAAGAGAGUGGAAAGCAGUUCAGUAAAUCUGACCUGCAGCAGUGAUGCUAAACCACCUGUGGAGAACUACACCUGGUUUAAGGAGAAUGAAGCCUCACCUGUAGGAUCAGGACAGAGUUACAGAGCUCUACAGAAUGGACUGUACUACUGUGAGGCUCAGAAUAUAAUCGGCUUUAAAAGAUUAGCUGCAGUGUCCAUCACUAUAAAGGGAGCUCUUGGGAAUGAAUGGAGUUUGAAUUACAGCCAGGAAAAACUAUGUGCUUUAAAAGGAUCUACAGUUGUCCUGAGAGCCACUUACACACAUCCAACAGAUGUUACAGUGGAAAGAGUUUUCUGGGUAAUAGACCCAGUUAAGGGUAGAAAUCUGACUGAUCUGCGUAAUGACUCGAGUUACUCGGGCAGAGUGGAGUAUUUAGAAGGUGAACAGAACCACUUCUCCCUCAGACUGAGUGACGUGAAGAAAUCAGAUAAACACAAUUACUGCUGCAGAAUCAUAACAAACGAAGAUAAAGAACGAUACCUGGGUUAUCCUGGAGUUAUACUCAGAGUAACAGAUCUUCAGCUGAUCGCUCCUGCAGAAGUGACAGAGGGAGAAUCAGUCAUUCUGACCUGUAAAACCACCUGCAGUCUGACUGAUCCAACAUUCAUCUGGUACAAAAACACACAUGAUUUAACCACAAACACCUUCAAGAGCAACAAACUCCACCUGCAGAGGGUCAGCAGUGAGGAUGCAGGCAGUUAUAACUGUGCUGUAAGAGGAUCUGAACAUCUCCCAUCUCCUGCUCAAUACCUCAGUGUCAGAUAUCCUCCCAAGAGUGUCUCUGUGUCCAUCAGUCCCUCUAGUGAGAGAGUGGAGUAUAAUCCAGUGAAUCUGACCUGCAGCAGUGAUGCAAACCCACCUGUGGAGAACUACACCUGGUUUAAGGAGAAUGAAUCAUCACCUGUAGGAUCAGGACAGAGUUACAGAGCUCUAGAGCAUGUAGUGUACUACUGUGAGGCUCAGAAUAAACUCGGCACUAUGAGAUCACCUGCAGUGUCCAUCACUAAAGAUGGUGGCUCUGGAAUUGGGUAUGUGGUUGGUGGACUUGGUCUUGGAGCUCUUAUUUCUGCAUUUUUCUGGAUGAGAUGGAAGCGACAAAAGCAAAAGGCACAUGAAGGUGACCAUCAGAACAUUGAGCUGAGUGCUGAAGACGAUAUGUAUGUAGCUCUCAACUCUGCAGGACAGACAUCUGUUGAUGUGUAUCACACACUUGCAGAGCUCUUGGGAAUCAAUGGAAUGUGA